CUAUAAAACAGUUUUGCUUCGCAGAACACAGUCAGUAUUUGCGUUGAGCUAAUCUAUCAAAUUGAUUUUCGGAUAUUUGCAGCUUAUUAUCUACUCCAGAUUUCCAUCAGCCAUCAACAGAUAAUCUACAAAAAUUCUACUCUACUCAGUUUCAUUAAGAACGAGAUGGAACCCAUCACUGUUACAAUUGCACUGCACUGGGAUACAAAUAUUGUGGACAAACCAAUCCCUGCUCCCUACACCACAAAGGUUUCUCAAGGUACGUUUCUUAUUGACAUCAUGAAGAAAGCUGCAAACGAAGAUGUUGAUGGGCCGUUCAAUAAAUACUCCACCACCUACUACGGUAAUGUGGGGGAUUUUGUCAUCGCCAUGGACGGAGUUGAACAGGAUCCCGCCAAAAAUCUAUACUGGAUGAUAAGAGACAAACAGACUGGAAAUCUCACACCAACGGGAAUAGACCAAUACCAGCCACAGAACGGGUCAACUACAGUCUUCAGCUAUGAAGAAACAGGCAUGAGUCACCACGAAAGACUGACUCGUGGUUAAGCGUCUGGAUAAGGGUGAGGGGUCCUCUGGAUAAAAUCAUAACCCAAACCAGAUAAUGUAAACCACCUAUGAUUAGUUUUAAGAAAACUGUAAUAGUUUAUACAUUUUUUUACUUUGCUGCAUCUAGUGUUAGCUAAGUCAUGAUGUUAACUUCAGCUUUACUUGAGAAUUUAGACGUUUCACCAUUUUGAUUCGUUUCUCAAAGAUCGUUUUGCGAUGCUGUUGCGUUGAACUGAUUUUCAAAAUACUUUUUAGUUAUAUCGUAAAUUUAGGCAAAUUUACCAUAACGAUGACGUAUAGUGAUCAGAGAACUUUUUUAUUUGCUUAUGCAAAGUUUGGAAAAUAGCUAUAGUUAUUAUAUACUCCAUAGAUUUUGUAUUUUCUCAUCAGUUAGAUACUGGUUUCAAAGCCCCUCUGAUUUCCGGUUGUGAUAUGUAUUAAUAAAGGGAGUAAGUUGCUUAAGA